AUGGUGUCGACCAGGCGAAGUGGAUCUCUGCCGGCGAGUAGCAGCAAGAGAUCAUCUUCGGCGUCCGAUGACAAUCACAACAGCCCUACUUCUCCCAAGCGUCAAAAGGGUGAGAACUGUAGUGCCAACGGAAACAGUAGGAAUCCAGAGGCGGAGUCUCAGCCGGCGGAGCAACCGAAGGAAUUGAGCUCAACUGAUCCGCCGGAGCUCCCUGACGUCGCCGUCUCCGACCCUCCGGUUGAUGCACCAUCUGUAUCUGUUGCUCCUCCGGCCGUUGCAGAAGAUGUGGCGGCUAAUUUGGAUAAACUGAAGAGCUCAUUCGCUUCGUGGAAACAGCACCAAGGUUUCGAGACGACCUCGCCCUGGUGUAGGCUUCUCACAGAGUCCACACAGAACCCCACUGUUUCCGUGUACACAACCAAUUUCUUGGUAGGGGGAAGCAAACAUGCCAAUCUUUUGAUCCGGGAUCAGACGGUCAGUGCGAUACUUUGUUCCAUAAGGCUUUCCCAGCACGACAAUAAGCCUGUUGUGGUACUUGAAAGUCGUGGGAGCAAAGGAUGUGUGCAAGUCAAUGGGAAAGUAAUUAAGAAGAACACUAGUUGCAAUCUUAAUUCAGGGGAUGAAGUGGUUUUCGGCUUUCUUGGAAAUCAUGCAUACAUUUUUCAGCAGCUGCCUUACGACAGUAUAAUAAAAACCCCUCCACCAGAUGUUCAACCUAAUGUAGAAAAGUUGGUUCAAGUUGAAAGACAACCAGGAGAUGGAUCAACUGCAGUGGGUGCUUCAAUCCUGGCAUCACUUUCUAAUCUGCAGCAAGAUUUAUCUCGUCUUAAGCCAACUUCACAGACCAGCGGUAAAAAUCACAGAGGGAGUAAUCUACCUUCUUCUUCCCUAAUUAAUGAAGACGAACCUGAUGGUCAAGAAGUUAAUUCAGCUACAAAUCUAGGUGGUGAAGCUGCGGCAGAUAUAGAGGGAGCUGCCACCAAGAUCCUCCCACUUGAUGGCAAUAUAGAAGCUGGCUUGGAGGCAAGUCAUGAUGAUAGAGAUUGGCUCAAGGAUCUAGUCCCAGUAUCUCUAUCAGUUAUGUGUUCACGAACUAAAGCGUUUAGAGAAGGCAUACUAGCUGCUAUUCUUGAUGGUGAGGACCUUGAGGUUUCAUUCGAUAAUUUUCCAUAUUAUUUGAGCGAGAGCACAAAAAGUGUGCUAAUUGCAGCUUCCUAUAUACAACUGAGUCACAGAGAUCAAGUUAAAUUUACAUCUGAGCUUCCAACAUUGAAUCCUAGAAUCUUACUUUCUGGUCCAACAGGGUCUGAUAUUUAUCAGGAGAUGUUGGUAAAGGCACUUGCUCAUUAUUUUGGGGCGAAAUUGCUUAUAUUUGACCGCAAUUCAUUUCUGGGAGGUACUUCCAAGGAUGCUGAGCUGAAAGAGGGAAACAAUGCAGAAAAGGUACAUAACAACAGCAAGCAUGUUUCAGGAUCCACAGAUCUUGCCAAGGACAUUGGACAUUCAUCCGGUGAAGCAGACACCUCUAAUUUGCCGAGUAAUCCCCUUGGCCUGGAAUUGCGGACGAAAAUUGAAACUGAUAACGUGCCCUCUUCAGUUAAUAAAACAAAGAACCAUUCUUUUAAGUUGGGUGAUAGAGUCAAAUUCGUAGGUCCAACCUCUGGUGGUUUAUGUUCUGCCAGCUGGAACUUCAGGGGCCCAACUCCUGGAAUGCGGGGAAAGGUUCUGUUGCCAUUUGAAGAUAAUCCUCUUUCAAAGAUUGGCGUAAAAUUUGACAAAUCCAUGCAAGAUGGGCUUGAUUUUGGAGGUCUUUGUGACAAUGGAUAUGGAUUCUUCUGCAAGGCCAACGAGCUUCGCUUGGACACCUCAGGCGUGGAGGAUCUGGACAAAUUACUUAUUAACACAAUGUUUGAGACCGUGUUUGACGUGAGCCAAGAGUCCCCUUUCAUUUUGUUUAUGAAAGAUGCUGAAAAUUCUAUGGCAGGAAAUUCUGAGUCAUAUGCUUUAUUUAUGAUCAAGCUGGAGAAGCUUCCUAAUAACGUUGUAAUUAUUGGUUCACAUACUCAAAUUGACAACCGCAAAGAAAAGUCUCAUACUGGUGGUUUGCUUUUCACGAAAUUUGGCAGCAAUCAGACUGCUUUGCUUGACUUGGCUUUUCCUGAUAGUCUUGGGAGGUUGCAUGAUAGGGCUAAGGAUAUUACCAAGGGAAGCAAGCUUUUAUCCAAACUUUUCCCAAAUAAAGUGACAAUUCACAUGCCUCAGGACGAAACACUCCUAGUCAGUUGGAAGCAGCAACUGGAACGAGAUGCUGAAACUCUAAAACUGAAAGCAAAUCUGAAUAAUUUACGGACUGUUCUCAAUCGUAAUGGGUUGGAGUGUGAUGGACUUGAAACAUUGAACAUAAAAGACCAGACACUUACAAAUGAGAGUGCGGAAAAGGUGGUUGGAUGGGCUCUAAGCCAUCAUUUGCUGGCAAAUCCCGAGGCUGAAGCAGAUAGCAGGCUUGUUUUGUCUUCGGAGAGCAUUCAGUAUGGAAUUGGUAUUCUACAUGCCAUCCAGAAUGACUCCAAGGCUUCAAAGAAGUCCCUCAAGGAUGUUGUGACAGAGAACGAAUUUGAGAAGAGGCUUCUAGCUGAUGUGAUCCCUCCCAAUGAUAUUGGUGUGACAUUUGAUGAUAUAGGAGCACUUGAGAAUGUCAAAGAUACCUUGAAGGAGUUGGUGAUGCUUCCUUUACAGCGGCCAGAACUUUUCUGCAAGGGUCAAUUGACAAAGCCUUGCAAAGGUAUAUUGCUAUUUGGCCCCCCUGGAACAGGAAAGACCAUGCUUGCAAAGGCAGUUGCAACUGAAGCUGGUGCAAACUUCAUUAACAUUUCGAUGUCUAGCAUAACCUCGAAGUGGUUUGGUGAGGGUGAGAAAUAUGUCAAGGCUGUCUUCUCUCUGGCUAGCAAGAUUGCUCCUAGCGUGAUAUUCGUUGAUGAAGUCGAUAGCAUGCUGGGACGAAGGGAAAACCCUGGAGAACACGAGGCCAUGCGUAAAAUGAAAAAUGAAUUUAUGGUGAACUGGGAUGGUCUGCGUACAAAAGACAAAGAACGUGUUCUCGUACUUGCUGCCACCAACAGGCCUUUCGACCUUGAUGAGGCCGUGAUUAGGAGGCUGCCACGCAGGUUGAUGGUUAACUUGCCGGACGCUGCUAAUAGAGCCAAGAUCCUUAGAGUGAUUCUGGCCAAAGAGGACCUCUCGCCUGAUGUGGACCUGGAUUCAGUUGCGAGUAUGACCGAUGGUUAUUCAGGAAGCGAUCUUAAGAAUUUGUGUGUGACUGCUGCUCAUCGUCCCAUAAGAGAGAUUCUGGAAAAGGAGAAAAGGGAACGAGAUGCUGCUCUUGCGGAAGGCAAACCUCCACCAGCUUUGAGCGGCAGUGCUGAUAUUCGCGCACUGAACAUGGAGGACUUCAAAUUCGCUCAUGAAAGGGUUUGUGCUAGCGUCUCUUCCGAGUCGAUCAACAUGACCGAGCUUCUCCAGUGGAACGAACUCUACGGUGAGGGUGGGUCCCGCAGAAAGAAAUCCCUUAGCUACUUCAUGUGA